GGGGAGCGGCCUGGGCUGCGCCGGGGAGGUCGCGGCGAGUCCCGGCCGAGGGGCCGGGGCGGCUGCCGGCCCUGCCGCCUAGGGGGGCCGCAGAGGUGGGCCGCGCUGUUGCGGCCGCCCGUAGCUGAGCGCGACGGGCCCCUUCGCGGAGGGGCGAGCCGCGUUGCGGCCGGCGCGCGGCUGUGCCUUCCGUCGGCGCUCCGCGGUAAGUUAGAGCGGUUGCUGCCGGCUCCCCUCCUGCGACUGGAGGAUCAGGAGCCGUUGCUGUAUUGCUCGCAGCGGAGGAGUGAGGACUCCGUGGGAAAACAAGCGAGCUAAGCCUUGAAGCUGUAGAGGUGCUGUACGUACAGUCGUUGCAAUGCUGCCUGCGCCUGGACGUUCCCUGUUCUUUUGGUCCUCGCAAGCUUUCCAGAGCCUUCUAGACUUUGGUUCAAAUUUUCUUGAUGGCUACAGAGCAUUGCUACUGCGUGGAGUUAUUGGCAGAGUGAAAUAGCAGUUUGGACCCCUGCAAGCACUAGACGAAUUGAUAAGAGCUGCGUUGGCCUCGUUCUUCUCGAGCUUUGUGACAGCAGAGCUGUCGCCCCUCUUGGGAGUUCUUUUUCCUUGCUUGCCUCUUGUGUCUACUUACAAGAUUUCUCCAUGCCCAAAGAAAAUAUUUAAACCCUCCUGACACUUGCGUGACACGUAAAAGUUAUUACCUAGGUUUUGACCUGACUCUUGGUGAUAAGCCUGUGUUGUUUGCUUAGUGUUUGUUCACAGAAGAUACAGCAGGAUCAGAUUAGAGUUUUUUUUUAAGAAACCUGAUAGCUCUCUGAGAGAAGUAAUAAAACUAUAGAUAAAGGAGACUUAAUGAGCAAACCUUACACAGUUUUCCAAAAGCCUUUGGCAAGUGUCCCUACACUAUGAAGUCAGGAACAGCUUUAGUUUCUUAAAUGAAAAAUAACUAAAAUACUUCCAUAAAUGCUUAUACCUGUGCUGACUCUGUACCAUAAAAAAUGAUGGAUACUUGGAAGUGUUUACCUUCUUUCUGUUCUCAGAAUUGGUCUUGAUGACACUGAGAAGCAAUUUAUAAAGGGUUAAAAUAAAGUUUUCUUCUUCCCUGUCCUAUAGUAAAGUAUUUAUAUUUAAUCACUUUAGAAAGUACGUUACCUUUUCUGUAUUUGUGAUGGUGAAUAAUUUGUGUUAACUGCUUUACUGAUUUGUUCGUUUGUUUGCUGUACUGCCUUCCUCUUCUAAGCUACUCUUUUCCAGCAUUGUUAUAAGAAGUGUAUUCAAUAGCAGAGUGAACAUCUUUCAGGCUUAGCUUUCGUAAUUUUUCAGCUGCUCUUGUUGCACGUUGUAUUAGUAGGAACAUGAAAGCAAUGGUAUUUUUAUGUUUUUCUGCAGCAUCCAGGGAAGAAAACAUCUGAGAGUCACUGUGGAUGACACUCUGAAAAGUCAGUUCCAGGUUGUCGUUAGCAAAAAUCAAAAAGUAAAUAGAAUGGUAGAAAUUAUCAGGUAAGGAAUGAAGUGCAGAAUAAAAGACCAUCCAUGCCACUGUGUAAAUCCUUGCUUUGUCCAAACUUGAGUACUCUGUGCAGUUCUGGACUCUCCUUUGGGUGAUAUGCUGUACUCUGUUUAGGAUAACUGCGGAGAUGGAGGAAGACCAAUGGAGAUGACUGUAUAUAUGAAAUAGCCUUGAUACAAGGAGAGCAAGAGCAUCCUGUACUGAUUUGUUAGUGGCAGUGUAGUCUAAGGAGUUGCUGUGCUUCUCUCUUGCUGGUACUAGUACUCACAUGAUUGUAUAGAUGGGUGGGUCAGUUGGUCUCUGAGCAGAAUAUUACCAUGAUCAAGCUGUUUUCUGUAGGGGGUGGGAACUGCAGCUUCGAGUAGGAGGGGUGGCAAAACUGGUGCACUUCUGGUGCUAGAAUUGUUUAGGGAAAACUUGAGCAUCACAGCAGAGGGAGGAAUGAGAGGAUGGGUGCACUACAAGCCUGCAAAAUUGUGAGUGGUAUGGAGAAGGUGAAUAGCCUCAGAGCCAUGCAAAGCUGGAGACCAGGAGGGUAUUCAGGUAGUUUUAAUUGCUUUCUUGUCCUGCCCAUGUACUUUAUCUGGUCAUCUGACAGACUGCUGUUCUACUGAUGUGUUUUGUUUUAUGUCUUAUUUUCCCCAUUAGGAUUUGGGUGUCAGUUUAUGCUUUAUAGAAACUGAAUGCCAUCUUGUUUCUCCCCAACCCCAAAAGAGGAGGGCAACACAUUGUGAGGGCAGAGAAUAAAAAAGGAAAGAAGGCAUCUCAAAAUGUUGUGUCGAGCUGCUCUGAGCCCCCUUGUCCGUUCCCCUGGAUGGUGCUUUGUGUUAUCGCCACAUGCCAUCGCAGCCAUUUCCCGUUUAUAUCUCCCUUAUCAUAACCAAAGGUUAAGGAAUGAAUCCAUCCGUUGUUGGAGCAACAUCCCAUUUAUCACUAUGCCACUCAGCCGUGCACAUGGAAAAUCAUUUGCACACCGCAGUGAGCUGAAGCAUGCAAAGCGGAUUGUAGUGAAGCUGGGUAGUGCUGUUGUGACUCGAGGGGAUGAGUGUGGCUUGGCCCUUGGGAGGCUGGCAUCUAUUGUAGAGCAGGUGUCAAUGCUGCAAAAUCAGGGCCGAGAGAUGAUGAUUGUAACCAGUGGUGCUGUAGCUUUUGGAAAGCAACGGUUGCGUCAUGAGAUCUUGCUUUCUCAGAGUGUGAGGCAAGCGCUUCAUUCAGGCCAGAGUCAGCUAAAAGAUAUGGCUAUUCCAGUCUUGGAGGCCCGAGCCUGUGCAGCAGCUGGCCAGAGUGGACUAAUGGCUCUGUAUGAGGCCAUGUUUACACAGUACAGCAUCUGUGCGGCUCAAAUUUUAGUCACCAACCUGGAUUUCCAUGAUGAACAGAAGCGUCGGAACUUAAAUGGAACAUUGCAUGAGCUUCUAAGAAUGAAUAUUGUCCCUAUAAUUAACACUAAUGAUGCUGUUGUUCCACCUCCAGAGCCGAAUAGUGAUCUGCAGGGGGUAAAUGUGAUUAGUGUGAAGGAUAACGACAGUCUGGCAGCACGACUGGCUGUGGAAAUGAAAACUGAUCUCCUGAUUGUUCUCUCAGAUGUAGAAGGACUCUUUGACAGCCCUCCAGGAUCUGAUGAUGCAAAGCUCAUUGACAUAUUCUACCCAGGAGACCAGCAGUCUGUAACAUUUGGAACCAAAUCCCGAGUGGGAAUGGGAGGCAUGGAAGCCAAGGUGAAAGCAGCUCUGUGGGCCCUCCAAGGAGGCACAUCUGUAGUGAUUGCAAAUGGAACCCACCCAAAGAUCUCAGGUCAUGUCAUCACAGAUAUUGUGGAAGGGAAAAAAGUUGGAACUUUUUUUUCAGAGGUAAAACCUGCAGGUCCUACAGUAGAGCAACAGGGUGAAAUGGCUCGAGCUGGUGGCAGGACCCUGGCGGCUCUACAGCCUGAGCAGAGAGCAGAGAUUAUUUGUCGUCUUGCUGAUUUACUAACUGACCAGAGAGAAGAAAUUCUCUUGGCGAACAAAAAGGAUUUGGAAGAGGCUGAAAAUAAAGGGAGAUUGGCACUUCCUUUGUUGAAACGUCUAAGUCUGUCUACGUCAAAGCUGAACAGUUUGGCUAUUGGUCUGCGUCAGAUCGCAGCAUCCUCGCAGGACAGUGUCGGCCGUGUAAUUCGGCGAACACGAAUAGCAAAAGACCUGGAUUUGGAGCAGGUGACAGUGCCUAUUGGUGUCCUUCUGGUGAUCUUUGAGUCCCGUCCUGACUGUCUUCCACAGGUGUCUGCUUUGGCCAUAGCCAGUGGAAAUGGUUUACUACUUAAAGGAGGGAAAGAGGCAGCACAUAGCAAUCAAAUACUUCAUCAUCUGACACAAGAAGCACUCUCCAUUCACGGAGUCAAAGAUGCAGUGCAACUAGUGAACACAAGAGAAGAAGUAGAAGAUCUCUGCCGUUUGGAUAAGCUGAUAGAUCUAAUCAUUCCACGUGGUUCAUCACAACUAGUCAGGAAUAUCCAGAAAGCCGCUAAGGGAAUCCCAGUGAUGGGACACAGCGAAGGGAUCUGUCAUGUGUAUGUGGACACGGAUGCCAGCGUUGAGAAGGUCACACGAAUAAUCAGAGACUCGAAGUGUGAAUAUCCUGCUGCCUGUAAUGCUCUGGAAACUCUCUUAAUUCACCGAGACUUGCUGAGAACCCCGUUGUUUGAUCAGAUCAUAGACAUGUUGAGAGUGGAACAGGUGAAGAUUCACGCUGGCCCAAAGUUUGCAUCUUACUUGACAUUCAGCCCUUCAGAAGUCAAAUCUCUCCGCACAGAAUAUGGGGACCUGGAGUGCUGCAUUGAGGUGGUGGACAGUGUCCAAGAAGCUGUUGAACAUAUCCACAAGUAUGGAAGUUCUCACACGGAUGUUAUCAUCACAGAGAAUGAGAAAACAGCGGAGUUCUUCCUCCAGCAUGUGGACAGCGCUUGUGUUUUCUGGAAUGCCAGUACCCGAUUCUCUGACGGCUAUAGAUUUGGACUUGGUGCUGAAGUGGGAAUUAGUACUUCUCGUAUCCAUGCACGUGGACCAGUGGGAAUUGAAGGACUCUUAACCACAAAGUGGUUGCUGAGGGGGGACAAUCAUGUUGUUUCUGACUUCUCAGAGCAUGGCAGCAUGAAGUAUCUUCAUGAGAGCCUCCCUCUCCCUCAGAGAAAUACCAACUAAGAACAUUGCAGGGAGGGGUGGGACACCCCAGGGAUAUAAAUAUUUCCUGAAGAUGUUUAGGCUUCCGGGUACUCUCUGGGGAUGGAGUUUGUUUUUCAUCUUCAGGAAUAUUGUUCUCGGUCACUGUGCAGUACAGUGAAUACAAAAUGAUCUCAUCUAUGAGGUGUUUUUUGGUUUUUUUUUUUUCCCUGCCUCUUUCUUUUUCCUUAGAUAGUAUCUGCAAACUGACCUCCUUUUCCCAGAGACAGACUUUUUCAAAACAUACAGGUAACAUAAGGAAAGAUUUAAACACCUGCCGCAUUCUUCUUUUAUCCCAAUGCUCCCUAUAGCAAAUAUGCUUGGUGGUGGAACAUAAAUUUUUUUCUUAAGUUUUUGUUUUAUCCAAAUAUCUGUUCUGGAGAACAAACUUGAGAGUUUUUUUUCUUCAGUCUUACGAUCUUGGCAGCUCUUGAAAGCCAGAAAGCUUUACGCUUACUUUCUUUGUGUUUGAUCACUCUUGUGAUAAGGGGAAUAGAUGUUCCAGAUGCAUAGUAAGCUUUUGACCAAGAAACCUUUUAUAUCUAAUUUCUUUGUAUUGUUGACUACUGUAGCUAACUAACAUGACUGCCUACUACAUGAAUUUUGUUACUUAUUUGUACCGACGCUGUGUUUCUCUUUGGUUUUGUAUAAAACUUAACCUUCCCCAACCCCUUCUCCAAAAGCAGUAGUACUUCGACCUUGGCUUUUCCGAAUAAAGCUCCGAAGAAACGCU